AUGUCUCCCCGUCACCCCCGCCGAUCUACAAAGACCUCAUCGCCCGCUCUGACUCCUACCGCGUCUACCGUCACCGUCACCGUCGCUGUUAACACCAACAUGUCCCUUCAUAAAGGAGCCACCUUUCACUCUCCUUCCACCCCCGAGGACGAACAGCAGCACCCCUUCAAAGUCCCCGACCUCCCUCGCCGCUCGCAGUCUUCGCUGGAGGAUGUCGUCGAUGCCCACAAGCGUCGUGUAGCUUUGACUCUGGGUGAUAUCGACCGUAGCCUCGCCGCCGUCGAGGACCGCUCUCCCACCGCCCGCCAGUCUUUCCCCGACGAGGCGGACCCCGUCCCCCAGGGCUUCCUCGAUCACACCGUCGGUUCUCAGCCGUCGACCAAAUCAUACGGGCCCCUCAUGGCUGGAGUCAUGUCUGAGGAGGCUACUUCCAUCGGGAGACACUCCCUUCGCCCGCGCCGCCGCCCUUCAAGGUACUCGGAUAGCGCGCUGGGUUCCUCAAUCGGAUCACGCUCUGGUAAGAAUGCUGAGGAUACCGCGCCGACUAGUGUCGUCGAUGACGGUGCCAAACCCACAACCGCAGCCAAAGCUAUAACUAGGUCUGCCGCGGCCGCCCACACCGCUACCAUGGAGAGUCUUCCCAGACUCAGUGCGCGUGCAAGCAACCGCAUCCGCGAGCAUGUCCUGAGACCGCUGCUCGCCAAGUCGUCGCUGAAGGACUUCCACCCCAUCGUGAAGGACUGCCCCAGGAGGAUCCACUCGAAGGAAAUCGUGUGUCUGCGUGACCUCGAGAAGACGUUGAUAUUUAUGGCACCUGUAAGUGAUAUCCCGGAGGGUGAUGCUUUUGUAGGGGGAGUUGCUCACUGGUUUUCGCGUUUGAAGGAGAGGACCAAGUCUACCGCCUUGUACCUCGAUUUCUGCCUCACGUCAAUCCGGUGUAUCCAAGCGACUGUGGAAUAUUUGAGCGACCGCGAACAGACCCGCCCUCACGACCGCCCUUAUACUAACGGAUACUUCCUCGAUCUCGUCGACCAGAUUAAGCAGUACGCCCAGCAGGUCCAGGCCGCGAAAGAGAAGGAAGAGAAAGGCGAGAAGCUGGACGAGAUGGAUCCUGAGUCGACGGAUGAGGUCAGACUCCAUGGAGGAUUGACCAAGAACGGCCGCCCUGCUGAGCUGGUUCGCGUCAAGAAGAAUGGAAAGGCCAUUUCUGUUGCUACCGGCCUCCCUAUUGACCUGGAGGACGAAGACAGCAAGGGAUCCAUGCGGUUUAAGCGCUCGUUGAGUCAGGAAGCCGAAGACGACGACGCCGUCAUGAGAUCUAUGGCCCGCCGGAAGCGAUCUGCCUCCGCAACUGAGCUUGCCCCAAAACGCUGCCGUGAGGCAGGAUGUGACAAGGAAUUCAAACGGCCUUGUGACCUCACAAAACACGAGAAGACUCAUUCUCGACCAUGGAAGUGCCCAGUUGAGACCUGCAAAUACUACGAGUAUGGCUGGCCAACCGAGAAGGAGAUGGAUAGGCAUCACAACGACAAGCACUCCUCUGCCCCUCCUUUGUAUGAGUGCCACUUUAAGCCUUGCCCAUAUCGCUCCAAGCGCGAGUCGAAUUGCAAGCAGCACAUGGAGAAGGCCCACGGAUGGGAGUACGUUCGAUCCAAGAACAACGGAAAGAACAGGGAGAACCCCGCUGGCACCACCACCACGAACCACGGCUUGGUAACCCCCCAAACCACAAAUAUCCAAACCCCAAGCAGCGAUGGGCAUUCCAUGGCCACACCUCCGGGUGACGACUUUGACAUGCAUACUGGAUAUGGUGGGUCCUUGUUGUAUGAUCAGCAACAGAAUCAGCUCAACUUCCCAGAAUACCCCUCCGAUAUAGACAUGUUUGCGUCGAAUCAACAGCUGCAGCUUGACUUCUCCCCCAUUUCUGAUCUCAAUCAGUCUGGAUCUUCCAACGGCCACUCCCCACCCUUCUCUGGGAAUGUCGUUCCUGGACAAGACCAUUUCCAGGACACUUUCCACCACUUGCAAAACAACGUUGACUUCAGCCUGUUCGAGAACGAAGACCUCUACAGCGCUAACGUCCGAAUCCCAACACCACCUCGCGACGUUUACCACCACGCCAUUAACGGAUAUCAGACCUCUGGCAUCCCAUUCGGCGCUGACCCUAUUCCACAAAUCUCCCCCAUUGGUCACGGAAAUACCAUGCUCUAUACGCCGACUUCCAUGCGAGAAGUUGACGAAGGCUUCGAGGACUUUGUUCCCGCCAACUGCAACCCGCAACUUGGCAAUUCCGGGGACUUCCAGCUCUUCCCAGCGUCUACAGGUGGUACGGUCGCCAGCUCCGCUCCCAGCGGCCUCUUUGGAGAAAUCCAACCAAACACCAUCCCAACCACGACUGGUUUCCCUGGUGUAUCUGCCCAGGAUCUCCUAGACUUCUAUGCCGCAAGCACAGCAGCUGCUACUCAGCACCACAGGCACCAGCAACAGCACCAGCACCAUCCUGGAAUUAACAAUGCGAUGAUGGAUUGGUCAGCACCUGACCAAUUCGGCGGCUAUAGCAGCCAUUGA